UUACAGAAAAUUGUGCCAACGUUAAUCCCAUAUAUGGCCGAAGUAAUUGACUGUGAGAGAAGAGCCCCCAUCUAGGCCAGUCGUUAGGCGGCUCAAUAGUACUAGCGCUCACGUCAGCAUACACGAUCUGUAGACGAGGGCGAAUCAAACAAUGAUACCUGGUGUGUAUACAAGACUAAUAUUUUCACUGCUACCGUUCAAAACUACUACUAUUAUAUAUCAACUUAGGCAACAACCUAUUCAGGGCAAACCCUAAGCUUAUGCAUGCUAGGCUUCCAUCAUGCCACGGUAUUUAUAUGCCAUGCAGUGCAGCUAUGAUGCCAUCGCUAGAAACACCCCAAAAAUUAUCAAUCGUCUACAACAAACUCACAAGUCGCGAAUAAGUUCUUUCAAGUAUCAAACGAAGUACUAGAAGACCCACACACCAUGUCCUCCACCACGUUCGCCUCCGAAGCCACCACCUUCGAAUCGGCCCUAACCAGCCUCUUCAGCGGUCCUCCUGAGACCACCGAAGCCGAUCUAGCCAAGCUCUUCACACCUAACUUCACACAACGCGACGAUGAGACAACGCGCGACUUCCCUGCCUUUGUCGCGCACAUCAAGUGGCUGCGGGGGAUUCUCCCACCAGGAAGCGUGACACUCAAAAUUACCCAGUUCCUGCGGGACGGGAAUCAAUUUGCGGAUAGACACAGCUCGACCAUGAAAAUGCCGGAUGGAAAAGUGGGCGCCGCGGAGACGUUUAUGUUUGGGGAGGUGGCAGAGGAUGGACGAAUUGAGUGGGUGGUGGAGACAGUGAAGCGGAAGUAGUGAAAGUGAGGACUGGGAUAAUUCCGGCGGGAUGAGGCAUUAAAUUGUUGUGAUUGCUAAGAGACAUCACAUUGCUCUAAUAUGAGUUUGAUUGCGACGGUUAAUAAUAAUGUCCGAGUGGGAGAAAAUGAGUGGCGUUAUCCAGGCAGCUGCAUGCAAUACUACAUUCCCCUCACGAGGGAAAUCUGGCCAUCUCGGAAAUCAAUGGUGUCAUCCGAGUUGAUUCCCCCCAAUAAUGGUCCUGA